AUGAAUUUUAUUUAAGAAUAUUUGUAAUAACUUUUAAAAGUAAUACCUGCUUUAGGGCCUAAUAUAUAUAAUAGUGAAAAAUGUUAGAAUAUAAAUAUUCCUCCAAAAUAUAGAGCAGAUGGUGAGAGAAAUUCUGAUAUUCAUAUUUGGGUUGCCUAAUAUAAUAGUCCAGAUUCUUCUAAUUUAGCUAAUGCUGUUCAUUGUUAAAUGGAUCCAGCUUUAAAAAGAGUUAAUUAUGGUGUGAUAAUGGUAAAUUUGGAUAAAAUAUUAUAAUAAAAUACUAAUCCUGGAUUCAAAAGUGAUUUAAAUGUUAUUUUGCAUGAAAUGUUGCAUAUUUUAGGAUUUUCAAGAGGUUUAUAUAGAUAUUGGAUAAAUCCUUAAACCGGAAAUUAUUAUGAUAAUGAAAUAAAUAAUUAUGUAAGAACAGUUCCUAUAAGGGGUAAAUAAACUAUUAUCAUGUCUACUCCAAAUGUGCUUGCUACUGCUAGAAAAUAUUAUGGAUGUCCUACUUUAGAAGGAAUGCAAUUAGAGAACGAUGGAGAUAUUAAUUCUAUUGGUUCUCAUUGGGAAAAAACAAUCCUUUUUGAUGAAUUGAUGACUGCCGAUUCUUCUGGAAGGGAAUUUAUAUUAUCUAUUUUUACUAUUGCUGUAUUAAAAGAUACUGGUUAUUAUGCUGAAGUAAACGAAAGUAUGGCUAAUAAUAUAUAAUGGGGAAAAAAUAAAGGAUGUGAUUUUGCUCUUAAAGCUUGCUAAUCUAAUACUUAUUAUCCUGAGUUUAGCCAAAUAGAACAUUCUCCUGUAUAAUGCUCAUCAUAAAAUGAUGGUUAUGGGUAAGUUUUCGAAAGUAGUUUCAUGGAUAAUUGCAAAAAUAUUAAAAAUUCUGUUUAUUGUGAAGAUUAUUCAAAGUAAACCUAUUAUGAUGAGAAUACAUUAGAAUAUUAUGGAGGUAAUUCUAGAUGCUUUCGAUCUACUGCUAAUGAUGGAAAAGGUAUAAAUUUCCAUAGAAAUACUCGUUGUCAUCACGUUUUAUGUUCUCCUGAUUUUACUUAUAUUACAAUAGGUUUUCCUAACUAAAAAUUAUAAAAAUUAAUAUGUACAUAAUAAGAUGAAGGAAAGUAAAUAGAAGUUGUGCAAGGAAAACCAGAAUUCGGUUUCAUUUCUUGUCCUGAUAAUUUAAGAGAAUUUUGUAGUUAUUCUCCUGAAUGUCCUAAAUAUUGUUCUCAAAAGGGUAUUUGUAUAAAUGGAUAAUGUAAAUGCACAUUUGGUUGGAUGGGAUCUGAUUGUGAUAUUUAAAUAACAAAUUGUAAAUAAUUUAUUUUAGAUGAAUAUUUCUAAAAGUGUGUUUAAUAAUGUCCCUAGGGUAAAUUUGCAAAUCCUGAUAAAGUAUGUAGAGAAUAGUGUCCUAAUGGUUAUUACUAAGAUAAUACAAAUAAUAUAUGUGCUAAGUGUGAUAUGUCAUGUAUAAAAUGUUCUGGUGCUUCAAAGAAUGAUUGCUUAGAAUGCGGUUUCUUGACAUAUUUGGAAGAAGGAAAAUGUGUAAAAUAAUGUAGUAAUAACUUCUAAUUAAUAAAUUAAAAAACAUGUGAAAAAUCAGUAAGUUAAGGAUGUGAGUAAGAAUGUGAGAGAUGUGAUUCUGAUGUUCAUGAAUAAUGUACUAAAUGUAAAGACUAGAUGUAGAUAAUGUUAAUCGCAAACUAUAUGUGCAGUAUGUGA